AUGGGUGAUAUUUUGGACCAAUUAAAGUAUUUAAUUACAAACCAACCACAUCAUCGUCAACUAGCUCCACAACAAUCCAUUCCUAAUACUUCCACUUUAUCAUUGUUCAUACCAAAUUCAUUAUUAACCUAUUGGAACACCAAAUCUUAUACUCAAAAGAAACUAUUAUUAUUUCAAGCAACUUUAAUCUUAUCAACAGCUUUUUAUAUCUUAUUACCUUCAUUGCCAUUUUACAAGAAGAAAGAAAUGUUCUCCAAACGUCCUGAUAAAUACACUACAGGGUUUAUCAAUUUAAGAAAUGAUUGCUUUGCCAACUCUUCAUUACAAGCAUAUUCUUCAUUGCCUUCAUUAACUGAGUAUUUGAAUAAAUUCAUCACUUGUUUUAAGAAAUUGCUGGAAUUUAUUGAAACUCACGAUAUCGAUGUACAAAAAUUGAUUGAUUUAAGAUUGGAAUCCAAUAAAUUUUUACAAAAUUCCAAAUUUAAAAGAUCGAAUUCAACUUAUGAUAUCCCAUUACAUUUUGCUAUGGCUGCAAUGGUUAAAAAAUUACAAGAAAUUGAAUUAGCUUCAAGAACUAUAAGUGUUUGGACAUUUCUUCAUGAAUUGGAAAAAAUUUUUAAUGCAAAAAUGUCAAGAUCUCAACAUGAUGCACAUGAAUUAACUCAAUUAAUUAAUGAAACAUUAGAAAAUGAGAAUUUGAAAUUGAAAAGUUUUGUCAAAUUUUUAAUGUUAAAUUUGCAUAAAAUGUUGAAAGAUCAUCCAAGUCCUAAAGAUUAUAAUGAUUUAGAAAACAUUGUUGUUCCUGAAUUCCCAUUUGACGGUUUAAUUUUAAGUCAAAUGACUUGUUUAUCUUGUAAUGGAGUUUCAAAACCAAAUUUCUCCCCAUUCGUUAUUCUUACAUUGCCAGUCCCACUGGCUCCAAGCACAAAAUUGGAAAAAAUGUUGGAUGAAAAUGAAUCUGAACAAAUUGAAGGUUACCAAUGUAUUAAGUGCCGUGUCGGGAAAAUUGUGUUGAAUGAAGAACGAAUGAAACGUGAUAUCCCAUCAGAUCAAGAAUCAUUUAUUAAACAAAUUUUUGAUUUAUAUAAUAGUCCAAAUUUAUGUAUUAAUGAAGAUAUACCAGAAGAUUUGGAAAUUUUCAUUAAGAAUUAUAAUGUUGAUGGUAUUGAUAUUUCCAGAGUAACAUCAACGGUACAGAAAAAGUCCCAGAUUUUAAAACCUCCAAAGAUUUUUGGUUUGCAUCUUUCAAGAUCUUCAUUUGAUGGUCAAGUGGUGACGAGAAAUUCCUGUCAAGUUGAAUUUAAUGAUAAGAUGACUUUGUCUAUUGGUAGUGAAUAUCAUGAUAAAUUGAAACAAUUCCAAGCAAUGGUUCACGAAGAAGAUGAGAAACAAAUGGAAAAAUUGACUAAUAAAGUUUUAACUACCGAUGUAAACGAUAUGGAAGAUGAAGAUGUUCAACGUGAAGAUAUUGAAGAAAGAGGUCAAGAGGAUGACGAAGAAGAUGAUGAAGAGGAUUUGGGUGAUGUAACUGAUGAAGGAACGACCACUGAAAAUGCAACCGACGAGUUAGAAGAUGAUGAAGAAGAUGAAGACGAUGAAGAUAGUUCCUCAUUGACAUCUCAGGAAUCUGUACCACAAACCAUCACCACAUCCAGCACAAUAAGACCAAGCAGUGAUUCUACAAAUGGAUCUCAUGAACAUUCUAUUAACCUGGCUCCAAUAUCCAAUAAACAAACAGACAAUUUGAAGGAAAUUUUCAAGAGAUUUAAAUUUAAUGAUAACGAUUUGUACAAGUAUCGAUUGCGUGCUGUUAUCAAACAUGUGGGAUCACAUACUCAAGGGCAUUAUGAAUGUUUCAAACAUAAACCAUUAUUUGUCAAAGAUAAAGAUGGUAAUAUUUUUAAAUUAUCUCCUGAAAUUCAUGAUGAUAUAACUGGUGAAACACAUGCAAAUGCCGAAUUAAUUGACGAUAAUAGUAGUAGUAGUAGUAGUAAAGGAACCAGACGUAGAUCAUCUGUUCGUAGUAAUGGUUCAAAUGAUCUGGAUUCUAGAUUCCGUGGAAGAUUUUCAUCAAUGAUGGGUCGUAGACCUUCAGUAUUCCAAGCCAAUCCUUCAGGAGUCGAAGAAAUUAUUUCAUCUGGUUUACAAACCCCAGCUGAAAUAUUGGUUGAUGAUCCAAGUUUAAAUAAUUUUGAAAAUGCAUUUGCUGCUCAUAAUUUCAAAGAUAGCUUUGCCAAAACCAGUACUGUGAAUGAGGAGGACAAUGCUAAACCAGAAAAGAAGGUCAAGAUGAAGAAGAUUCCUUCAACUAUCACUAAACCAUAUUGGAGAAUCAGUGAUGCUCAAGUUACUGAAGUUACUAAAGGUGCAGUUUUAUCAGAAGAAACUACUGUUUAUAUGUUGUAUUAUGAAAGAGUCGAUAGAAAACAGAUCAAGCGUCAUCAUAGAAGUUAG